GGAGAAGGAGGAGGAGGAGGAGAAGGAGGAGGAGAAGGAGAGGGAGGAGGAGAAGGAGAAGGGGUUGUUGGAUGGUCUAUUGUCAGGAGACUGAUCGUGCGACUGCAGCAGAAGAGUCUGGUGAGGAUGGGGAGGAAGGAUGCGUGCGUUGCAAUGGCCCCGGUCGAUCAGUACCGUAAACAGAUUGGUAAACAAGACUACAAGAAGACCAAGUCAGCUCUGAAGAUGACGAGGUUGAAGGCUGAGGCGAAGAAGAGUGGUCCUGGAAUAAGGGAUGCUUUCCUGGUCAUCUUAGCCGUCCUGGUUUUCAUGCUCUGUGUGUACGCGUUCUUCUACCUCAACCUGAGCACUGAACUGGACAUGGACCUGGAUGUGGACUAAAGCAGGAGAGGACAACUUAACCUCGGGGUCUUGCUGGGCUGGUCUAUUCUCAGGCUCUGUCAAUAUGGCUCAUUGACUCAUCUGGAUGCAAAUUUGACCCAAGAUUUUUGUUUUUGUCUGAUUCCGUGUAGGUUUUUCCCCAUUUCUGUUUACUCCAUUUUGUUUUUCCCUGUUUUUUUUUGGGGGGGGGGGGGGUUUGUUCUCAAAAUCACACUUUUAAAAAAAAAAAUAAAACAUCCAAUUUUAGUUUUGGUUCUAAGUCCGGAACGAUGCUUAAACUACGUCAGAAGACCACUUGAGGUCUGGGGGAAAAAAUAAACAAAUAUAUACUUUUCGAUGCAAGUGCACACCAGCAAUAGACUGUUUGAUAAGCGAUGAUACUCUAGCGUUCAUAUGAUGGAAGAGUUUGCAAAACAAUUGGCCACUGGAUUGUUGCAAAUAAACAUAUCAUUCUGCCAAUUCGGAAUAGGCUACUGUUUGUAGUUAACAUUUAAUUGAGAAGGGGGUUUUUUGGGGAGGGGGGGGGGGGGGGAGGUUUACCAUCUACCAAGAAGACGGUGGACAUUGCAUUAGCAUCAUCGCUAACAGCUACAUAAAGUGGUAGACAAAUGCGCGAACACACACAGACGGGCCGUCCUGUUGCCUCUUCAUAAAUAUGAAUCACUGAUGCAUUUUAUUCAUGUCUUUUUAUAUAGUAAUGUUGAGAAUAUUAAUGAAUGUUCAAUAAAUGUUGGAAUAUUGUUGAA